UCUUGGCAGAGCCCUGGGGCAGGAGCCAUGGCCGAGGAUGGGGAGCUCGCCCGCGUCAUCAAGGAUCUGCAGAAGACCGUCGCCGAGCUGAACCGGAGCUACCRGGAGCAGAACCUGCCGGUGACGGACGGGAGCCGGGAGCUGCACAGCCUCUGCGCCCAGCUCGAGUUCCUCCUCCAGUUCGACCUCAAGGAGAAGAGGAACUUCUUUGGGCAGCGGAAAGACUAUUGGGACUUCCUGUGCCAGGGCCUGGCGCGGCGCCGGCAGGAGCACGAGGGCGUUCGCUUCGUCGCCUCGCUGGACAAGCUGAAGACGCCGCUGGGCCGGGCCCGGGCCUUCCUGCGCUACUGCCUGGUGCACCGGCAGCUGGCCGAGUCGCUGCAGCUCUGCCUGCUCGACCCGCAGAGCCUCAGCGAGUGGUACUACGCGCGCAGCCCCUUCCUGAGCCCCCAGCGCCGCGCCGAGAUCCUGGGCAGCCUCUACGAGCUGGACGGCGUCACCUUCCACCUGGCGCUGCGCCGCGCCGACCUGGACGCCGCCUGGCCCAUGUUCUCGGAGACGCUGCCACGGGCCAGCCCAGCGCCCGCCGGCUGCCCAGAGAAGAUGCUCAACGGCAGCGAUGCAGCGGGCAGCCCCGUGGUGCCCGCUCCCCGCUGUGACCCCAUCGCUGCCCGCUCCCCCUCGCCCAGGAGCAGUCCUUGGCCGAGCUGCGUGGGGCGCACGCGGCGCUGCAGGAGCUGGCCGAGCGCCUGCGUGCCGAGGCGGCGGCGCGGNCAGGCGCGCGAGGCCGAGGCGCUGCGGGACACCAACGCCUUCCUGGGCGCCACGCUGGCGCGCCUGGGCGCCGAGCUGGCGGAGCUGCGCCGGCACGCACCGCGGGACACCGAGGUGGCCCAGGAGCGGCUGCUGCUGGAGGCCAGGGCGGCCGCGGCGCCGGGCGAUGCGGCCCUGCCGGAGACACCGCGGGCGCUGGCGGAGGAGGAGGAGGCACGGGGCUGGCGCGAGGCCGCGGAGGCGCCGGCCGCCCGGCUGGCCGCGGCGCUGGCAGAGCGCGACGCCCUGGCCUCGCGCCUCGCGGCCAGGGCGGCCGCGGCGCCGGGCGAUGCGGCCCUGCCGGAGACACCGCGGGCGCUGGCGGAGGAGGAGGAGGCACGGGGCUGGCGCGAGGCCACGGAGGCGCCGGCCGCCCGGCUGGCCGCGGCGCUGGCAGAGCGCGACGCCCUGGCCUCGCGCCUCGCGGCCUCGGAGGCUGCGGCGCKGCAGCAGCAGGAGCAGCAGGAGCAGCUCCGGGCGGCGCUGCGGGAGCACCGGGCGCUGGAGCAGCGGGCGGCCGCGGAUGCCCAGGACAGUGCCCGCCGGCUGGCAGCCGCCCAGGCGGAGCUGGCCGCCCUGGAGGAGGCGCUGAGGGAGGCGCUGGAGCGGGUGCGGGAGCCCCGCGCGGAGCAGCCGGCGGCGGCUGGCRCGGAGCCGGAUCCCAGCACCGCGGCCAGCAUGGUGACGCUCCUGGCCUCCGUGGCCGCCGCGGCACGGGAGGAGGCUCAGCAGAGCCGGCAGCAGCUCCAGGCCCAGCGGCAGGAGGUGGAGCGGCUGCAGCAGCAGCUGGGCAGAGCGCGGCAGGACGGAGAGCGCUGGGCAUCGGCCCUGCAGCGGGCGCAGCGCGAGGCCAUGGAGCGCGAGGCCACGCGCGGCGAGGAGCAGGCCCGGCAGCAGGAGCUCAUCCGCGACAUGAAGGGGCGGCUGCUGGAGCUGCUGCGGGAGAAGGAUGCGCUGUGGCAGAAGACGGAGGGCAUAGACCCGCAGAUGCCCAGCGUGGCGCCUCGCAACCUGGGGCUGUGCGCCCGCUGCCGCAAGGAUUUCCGCCUCCUCUCGCGGCGAUACAGCUGCAGGUUGUGCCAGGGCAAGGUGUGCCACGCGUGCUCGGUGGACGUGGGGAAGCAGGGGCGGUGCUGCCUGCUCUGCUACCAGCAAAGGCAACAGCAGCCCRCGUGAGGCGGCACUGGCUCUGUCAUGCUGUGCUCGGACACGCGCUCCAGCCACCGUCUGCCUCCUUGGGGACUCACAUGAGCCAAGGACCUGGGCGUCCAGGACCUGCUGUGCAGGCCCUUCCACUCAGGAUUGGGGAUUUUGGACACAUCUUUCACGUGGCUGGUCCAUGGAGAGGAAAACAACCC